AUGAACGACGAAACACAAUUCACAGAAAGAGCAUUGACUAUUGUCACUUUGGCUCAAAAAUUAGCAGAAGAUCAUCAACAUCCACAAUUAUUACCAAUCCAUUUAUUAGCUGCCUUCAUUGAAACUCCUGAGGAUGGUAGUAUUUCUUAUUUACAAAAUUUGAUUGAGAAGGGUAGAUUUGAUUUUGAUCUUUUCAAGAAAGUCGUGAAUAGAACCCUGGUGAGAGUGCCACAACAACAUCCUGCACCAAGUCAAAUUACACCAAGUUAUAGUUUAGGAAAGGUACUACAGGAUGCCGCCAAGAUACAGAAGCAACAAAAAGAUUCAUUUGUAGCUCAAGAUCAUUUAUUAUUUGCACUUCUCGAUGAUUCAUCCAUACAGACUGUCUUUAAGGAAGCUUCCAUUGAUAUUGAAGCCAUCAAGCAACAGGCUUUGGUAUUAAGAGGUAAUCAAAAAAUUGAUUCUAGAGGUGCUGAUACUAAUACACCAUUGGAAUAUUUGAAUAAGUAUGCCAUUGAUAUGACAGAACAAGCCAGAGAGGGUAAAUUAGAUCCCGUCAUUGGUAGAGAAGAAGAGAUUAGAAAUACCAUCAGAGUAUUGGCUAGAAGAAUUAAAUCUAAUCCCUGUUUAAUUGGUGAGCCUGGUGUCGGUAAGAGUGCUAUCAUUGAAGGUGUUGCUCAAAGAAUUAUUGAUGAUGAUGUACCUACUUUAUUACAAGGUGCCAAAUUAUUUAGUUUGGAUUUAGCCGCUUUAACUGCUGGUGCCAAGUAUAAAGGUGAUUUUGAAGAAAGAUUUAAAGGUGUCUUAAAGGAAAUUGAUCAAUCAAAGACUUUAAUCGUGUUGUUUAUUGAUGAAAUUCAUAUGUUGAUGGGUAAUGGUAAAGAUGAUGCUGCCAAUAUUUUGAAACCUGCCUUAUCUAGAGGUCAAUUGAAGGUUAUUGGUGCUACAACAAAUAAUGAAUAUAGAUCCAUUGUGGAGAAGGAUGGUGCCUUUGAAAGAAGAUUUCAAAAGAUUGAAGUCUCUGAACCAACUUUAAGAGAGACAGUUGCCAUCUUGAGAGGGUUACAACCUAAAUAUGAAAUUCAUCAUGGGGUUAGAAUCUUAGAUAGUGCUUUAGUUACUGCUGCUCAACUGGCUAAGCGUUAUCUUCCAUAUAGAAGAUUACCUGAUUCUGCCUUGGAUUUAGUUGAUAUUUCAUGUGCUGGUGUUGCUGUUGCAAGAGAUUCUAAGCCAGAAGAAUUAGAUUCCAAAGAACGUCAAUUACAAUUAUUACAAGUUGAAAUUAAAGCUUUGGAAAGAGAUGAAGAUGCUGAUAGUACCACUCAGGAUAGGUUAAAGCAAGCUAAACAAAAGGAAGCCUCAUUACAAGAAGAAUUGGAACCCUUAAGACAACGUUAUAAUGAGGAAAGAACUGGUCAUGAAGAAUUAACUAAGGCCAAGAAGAAAUUGGAUGAAUUGGAAAGUAAAGCUCAAGAUGCAGAACGUAGAUAUGAUAAUGCUACCGCAGCUGAUUUAAGAUAUUUUGCCAUUCCUGAUAUUCAAAAGCAAAUUGCCAAAUUGGAAGAACAAGUUGCUGAAGAAGAAAAACGUGCUGGUUCUCACUCUAUGAUUCAAAAUGUUGUUGAUUCUGAUACAAUUUCUGAGACUGCUGCUAGAUUAACUGGUAUCCCCGUGAAGAAAUUAACUGAAUCUGAAAAUGAGAAAUUAAUUCAUAUGGAACGUGAUUUAUCAUCUCAAGUUGUUGGUCAAAUGGGAGCCAUUAAAGCUGUUUCCAAUGCUGUAAGAUUAUCCAGAUCUGGGUUAGCCAAUCCAAGGCAACCUGCCUCUUUCUUAUUCUUAGGUCUUUCCGGUUCAGGUAAAACUGAAUUAGCCAAGAAGAUUGCUGGGUUUUUAUUUAAUGAUGAAGAUAUGAUGAUUAGAGUGGAUUGUUCCGAAUUAAGUGAGAAAUAUUCAGUAUCCAAGUUAUUGGGUACCACUGCUGGUUAUGUUGGUUAUGAUGAAGGUGGGUUUUUAACUAACCAAUUACAAUACAAGCCAUAUUCAGUUUUGUUAUUUGAUGAAGUGGAAAAGGCACAUCCUGAUGUGUUAACUGUCUUAUUACAAAUGUUGGACGAUGGUAGAAUUACAUCUGGUCAAGGUAAGACCAUUGAUUGUUCUAAUUGUAUUAUCAUCAUGACAUCUAAUUUGGGUGCUCAAUUUAUCAAUUCUCAAGAAGGUUCUAAGAUUUCAGAUUCCACUAAGGAUAUGGUCAUGGGUGCAGUUAAGAAUCAUUUCAGACCUGAAUUUUUGAAUAGAAUCUCGAGUAUUGUUGUGUUUAACAAGUUAUCGCGGAAGGCUAUCCAUAAGAUUGUAGAUAUCAGAAUCAAAGAGUUGGAAGCUAGGUUUGAAGCCAACGAUAAGCAUUACAAAUUGAAUGUUUCUCCAGAAGCUAAGGAUUUCCUUGCCAAGUUUGGUUACUCCAACGAUAUGGGUGCCAGACCAUUAAACAGAUUGAUCCAGAACGAGAUCUUGAACAAGUUAGCCGUGAGAAUCCUAAGGAAGGAAAUCUUGGACAAGGAAACCGUCAAUAUUGUGUUGAAGGCUAACGGUAAAGGUGCAAACGAUGCUACGGGAGAAGGUGAGUCGCUUGAAGUGUUACCAAACCACGAGGCAGCAGUGGACGCCAAGACGGCCGAUGGAGAUGCGAUGGAUAUUGACGACGAUCUGGACGACGAUCUGGACCUCGACUAG